AUAUCGCUUUAAAAACAACUACCAGAGAGCAAGACUAAGAGACUGGCUGCAUUUCCUUAGUGGGAAUGUUUGUGUUUGUGGCGAUCAGAGCAGUGGACAGAGGGUGCAUUGCUUCAGUGAGAAGGAAAGAGAGAGGAAGAGAGAAGGAGGAGGAAGAAGAGAGAGAGACAAAGUGUCAGGAGGGACCACUAGCUGCGUGGGACGGGGGACAGAAGGACUAGCGGGGUUUGACCUUGAGGAAGGCAUCAGACAGCUGAAUCCCAGAGAGACCGAGAGGACAGAGAGGGUCAGAAACAAGACAGCAGAGGAGAACGCCACAGGGCUGCCCUGUCUCUCUCUGGCUUGCCUCUAGAGAUGACCCAAUUAUUCUCUACUGGAGCUAAGUGGUAUCAAGAGGACAAUAAAGGCUAAUCAUCCCUUCUCAUUACCUGGGCCUCUGUGGAUUUUACCUGUAAUGGCUCACCUGUACAUAUAAUGGUUUGCGAAUGCGAUACCUGUGGAUAUCUCAUUCGCAAACAUCUCAACUUGUCUCGGAGCGCUAGCAGUCAGUGCAGUAAUGGAAGCGGUCUUGUUGGGUCUAGACGAUGCGGUCUGUACUCGGCAGGGUCUUCUGUGGACUCUCACUUCCACAGCCCUCCGACGCCUCCGUGUGCAUGCCAGGAACCUCCCUGGUCCCCUGCACCUAUUACAAACACACAGAUGACAGAGGGGAGGCGAUGUCAGGUCCAUCUCCUGGACGACAGGAAGUUGGAGCUCCUUGUGCAGCCGAAGUUGAUGGCUAAGGAUUUACUGGACCUGGUAGCCUCUCACUUCAACCUCAAGGAGAAGGAGUACUUUGGAAUUGCAUACACAGACGAAACGGGACAUUUUAGUUGGCUGCAGCUGGACCGCAGGGUAUUAGAACACGAGUUCCCCAAGAAGUCCGGUCCCAUCGUCCUCUACUUCUGUGUCAGGUUCUACAUAGAGAGUAUAUCCUACCUGAAGGACAAUGCCACAAUUGAGCUGUUUUUUCUUAAUGCCAAGUCCAUUAUCUACAAGGAGCUUAUUGAAGUGGACAGUGAUGUUGUCUUCGAAUUGGCUUCCUAUAUUCUACAAGAGGCUAAAGGAGAUUUCACCAGUAAUGAUGCAACCAGGUCUGACCUGAAAAAACUGCCUGCUCUGCCCACCCAGGCCCUAAAGGAGCACCCAUCACUGGCCUACUGUGAAGACCGGGUCAUAGAGCAUUACAAGAAGCUCAGUGGGCAGUCCAGAGGGCAAGCUAUUGUAAAUUAUAUGAGCAUUGUGGAGUCUCUGCCCACAUAUGGAGUACAUUAUUAUGCUGUAAAGGACAAGCAGGGGAUUCCGUGGUGGCUCGGCCUGAGCUAUAAAGGUAUCUUCCAGUAUGACCACCAGGACAAAGUCAAGCCCAGGAAGGUGUUCCAAUGGCGUCAGCUGGAGAACCUCUACUUCAGAGAGAAGAAGUUUUCAGUGGAAGUUCAUGACCCCAGGAGGGCGUCUGUGACAAGAAGGACGUUUGGUCACAGCGGCAUUGCUGUGCAUACCUGGUACGCCUGUCCUGCCCUCAUCAAGUCCAUCUGGGCCAUGGCCAUCAGCCAACACCAGUUCUACCUGGACCGCAAGCAGAGCAAGUCAAAGAUCCAUGCAGCACGGAGUUUGAGUGAGAUCGCAAUAGACCUUACGGAAACAGGAACGCUGAAGACCUCCAAACUGGCCAACAUGGGCAGCAAGGGCAAGAUCAUCAGUGGCAGCAGUGGUAGUCUUCUCUCCUCAGGCUCUCAGGAAUCAGACAGCUCCCAGACAGCAAAGAAGGACAUGCUGGCAGCACUGAGGGCCAGGCAGGAAGCUCUGGAAGAAACACUAAGGCAGAGACUAGAGGAACUCAAGAGCAUCUGCAUCAGAGAAGCGGAGCUGACAGGAAAACUUCCCAAGGAAUAUCCACUUGAUCCAGGAGAGGAACCACCCACAGUGAGAAGGAAGAUUGGUACCGCAUUCAAACUGGACGAGCAGAAAAUUCUUCCUAAGGGAGAGGAAGAGGAGCUGGAGCGUUUGGAGAGGGAGUUUGCUAUUCAGUCCCAGAUUACGGAGGCAGCCAGGCGUCUUGCCAGCGAUCCUCAUGUGAGCAGUAAGAAGCUGAAGAAACAGAGGAAAACUUCUUAUCUGAACGCACUGAAGAAGCUCCAGGAAAUUGAGAACUCUAUCAAUGAGUACCGAGUCCGGUCUGGCAAGAAGCCUACUCAAAGGGCGUCACUUAUUAUCGAAGAGGCCAAUAUCGGCUCUGAAGACAGUUCACUGUCUGACGCACUGGUCUUGGAUGAUGAUGAUCCUCAAGUCACAGGUACCCCAACCUUCUCCCCAGUAGGAUCGCCUCACAAGGGCCUCCCCCCUCGGCCACCAUCUCACAGUCGGCCCCCUCCACCGCAGUCCCUGGAUGGCCUGAGACACCUGCACUACACACGCUCUGACUACGAUAAAUCACCCAUUAAACCCAAAAUGUGGAGCGAAUCGUCACUGGAUGAGCCCUAUGAAAAAGUCAAGAAACGCACCUCUCACUCCAGUCACAGGCGUUUCCCAAGCUCCGGCAGUGCAGAAGCAGGAGGUAGUAACUCUCUGCAGAGCAGCCCCAUCAGGAGCCUUCCUCACUGGAGUUCUCAGUCCAGCAUGCCGUCGACUCCGGACCUGAGGACAAGGACCCCACAUUACGUACAUUCCACUAGGUCAGUGGACAUCAGUCCCACACGUCUGCACAGUCUCGCUCAGCACUUUAGGAACCGCAGCUCCAGCCUUGAGUCUCAGGGCAAGCUGUUGGCGUCCGACCCCGACACACACCCGCACACCCUGGGCACACUGGGCAGCCCUGACUUCUUCUUGGGCCCAGGACGUAGCUCCAAUGGCUCUGACCCAUUGGACGACUGCUCAUCCUGCACCAGCCAGAGCAGCUCAGAGCAUUACUAUCCCUCUGGUGGACCCCUGGCCCCCGGCAGCAAUCCUAACUACUCCACCCUGGGAGAGGACUCACCCUCCAAAGCAAGGCAGAGGCAGAGGCAAAGGCACAGGUCUGCAGGUCAUCUGGGGUCCUCUAACUCCGGCUCCAUGCCAAACCUGGCAGCUAAGAACGGCUCCGGUGGAGGCUCAGGUGGAGGCGGGAUAGGAGGAGGACACCACGGAGUCUACCUCCACAGCCAGAGCCAACCCUCCUCCCAGUACCGCAUCAAGGAGUACCCAUUAUAUGUGGAGGGUAGCCCCAACCCGGUGGUGGUGCGAAGCCUGGAGAGUGAUCAGGAGGGCCACUACAGCGUGAAGGCCCAGUUCAAGACCUCCAGCUCCUACACGGCCGGGGGACUGUACAAGGAGGCCUGGGGAGGAGAGGAGGGAGGAGAGGGGAGUGGCCGACUCACGCCGUCCCGCUCCCAGAUUGUACGGACUCCGUCAUUGGGGCGAGAGGGUGGUGGAGGCGGAGGAGGGGGGAGGGCAGCGGUGUCUGAAGAGCUGCGAUGCUGGUACCAGAGGUCCUCAGGGAGCCUGAAGGAAAGGAGUCACUCACAUUCAGGAUCCACUUCCUCCGAGACGGGGUCACAGCAAGGCACUCUAGGACACGGUCGGGGGAGUCGGGUAGGAACACUCGCCAAGGGCUCACCGGCUGCAUCCCCUCACAGCCAGAGGAGUAUGACACCCUCCAGCGAACACGCAGCCACACCCACACCCCCCUGUAGCCCACAGCACAUCCUCAACUGGCAGAGCGGGUCUUUCAGUGACAGCUGUUUUCUCAGCAGCCCCUUGUGUUCAGAGCUGGCAGAUGUGCAGUGGUACGGACACGACAAGGCCAAACCUGGAACCCUGGUCUAAGACCUUCCUAUAGGGCCCAGAAAAGUCCCAUUGCCCUCUCCACUGUCCCUCACUACUACCCAUUGACAACCAACAACCUCAUCCUUAAGGCCCUACAAAAACCCUGCUCUGACUGGACACGAGCCUCCCUCCUCCCCCGGUCCUGCCCUCUAUCCAUCCCACCACAUCUUUAUUACUCUCCUUCUAUCACAGCUCAGCUGGACAGGGACACACUUGCUGGGCUCUGAUAAGGGCUGAUUUCACAGGACGGACUGAGAGGUGCCGCCUCAGCUGUUGAACUGUUGCCCUGCAGCACCACAGAGCCCUUUUCUUUACUCACCCACAGCACACAAGCAACUGGGCAUGGUGGAAGAAGCAAUGGGGAGAGAGAGAGCACAGAAAUAUAUUAAACUCAAACUCAACCAUCCCAACGUCGGCCGUUCCAAGAUCUGUUUCAAGUCUCACCUUUGGUCCCCAACCUUAUUAUCUCCAGUGCAUUGCCACCCAAUCAGAAGAUACCUGCUGGAUUUGAGCCACCAGUUUAAAAACCAUUUCCCAUGUCCAACUAAACCGUGUUGGAUUUCAUUAUUCCUGUCAAUUAUUUCUCCCUGCAUAUUUAUAAAAAAAAAAGAGAAGAUGACACAGACCUUUCAAAAAAUCUGGAUCAACAAACAUUUAGAUUCCUCGUCUCAGUUUAACCCACAACCAAAGACAACUACUGGAUUGACUGGUCGCACCAGGGUCCCCGGGCUGGUGUCCCUGUCAGUCUACUGUAUACGAGGGAAAAUCACAGUGACAAUAUCAGAAUGGGACACUAUCUGGGAUAUUGGCGAGGACUAUAGCAAUAACAAACAUUGUAAAAGCAUAUGAACUGGUUUGAAUCUACAGAGUGAAUAGAAGCAGACAUUUUUCCAUGUUCUCUGCCUUGUGAUGCUUGGAAGAAAGGAUCAUUAGUGCGUCACAGGAACAAUUUGGAGUUGUGGUUAUUGGGUUUGGCGUUAAUCUAUGCUUACUUCAGUGACUUCAUCAUUCAUGUUUAUUUAAUGUCUUUGAUCUUUACAGAAUUUCUUUAUCCACAAUAGUUGUUCUGUUGGCCACAUUAUGGAUUGUGAAGAGUAGCCUGCUUGAGCAGGUGUGUGUGUGGGGGGGGGGGGUGAACCUUAACAUGGCCACAUCCAGUCACAGUUACUGCAAAAUUUCAUUUUGGUUUUCAUUUGUCCUUUUCACCCCUGAAAGUAAAGCAUGAUUUGCUGUUGGCCUCAGUUGUAGUUUGACAUCAAGGCUGUUGAGUGUUAGAUCUUUAUAGUAAAUCAUCUUUUCUUUCAGUAAUAUUUCUCCUUCUCCUGCUUUGGCCGUUGCUCUGUAAUAGUUCUCAUCAUGCUCAGUAACUGUCAGUCACCUUUUAACUGUCUGAUUUCUUGUCUCCCUGUCCAUCUGUCCAGUAUGACAGGAGUAUCCAGACUGAACACUUGACUCAAUGUUGGUCAGAACACACACACACUGACAGUCGUAACACUUGCAUUUAUGGGCACACAUGAGUUUAUUAGUGCCAAACAUGUAGGUGCUUUACAUUUAUACUGUAAUUCAGUACUGAAAAAGGCACUUCAUCAAGCUACAGACACCACCAAGUCCUCGCCGUCUACAGCCAUCGUAUAAAACAGCAGCAAGGCAGAGUAGCCAUAAGACAGUCCACAGACUCUAUAAUUUGGUAUCAGGGGUAAAAAGAAUCAUUCAAACGUACUUUGGUCUGAAAGCACAACAUUAACCGUGUCCGCGAAGGCUUGACCUACAAUUCGUAUGAUCUCAUUUACCGCCCUCAAUAUUUUAAUGGUGGGUAGAGUGCAUAAAAACUAGACAAAAACAAGUAGAACCACAGACAAGGUGUCAUGGGAUAGCGAUCUUUUUAUAGUAUAUGGACAAUGAUGGAUUUCAAGUUGACAAUAAUUACUACCCAACUGUCAGGACAGAAGACAAGCCAUAGCCAGAACUGAGAAAAAAAAAAAACUUCUAAAACAGAGAAGCGCUCUCACACACCCCAAAAACGUUCAGAACAGGGUUAGAAAAGCACACCUGGUUUUGUAUGAAGGAAGCAGAACUGUGCAUGUUUUAGCUAAAUUAAUUUCCCCCUCAUCUUCACCGAAGAAUUAAUGCUUAUCAUUGUUUGUGUGUUGCACAAAAUCCGAAUUCAUCAGAUGUUAAUUUUACUCAGAUCACAGAUCACUCUACAUCUCAUAGAUAGAGAGAAGUGGGCAUGUUUUUUUAGUCUCAUAGCAGCAUUAUGUCUGGAUAAGUGGUGUACCAUGAGCGUGCGGCACUGGAGGAAUGGUACGCAACCUACCCCAUCCUUUAUAGUGUUGUGUUUCCUUUAUACACUGACUUAAGUUGUCCUAAUCAGCCACUUUAUAGACAAUUUUAGUAUGAAAGUUUAGACCACUCCCUGCAUGGCUGGCUCUCCAAGAGUUAUCCAUCUAUGCAUGGUCAAAUUUAAGAAAUCUUUACCCAGAAUUGGAACUCCCCGGCUCCCAUCUCAUAGAAGUUUAUUAUUCUAGUGUGUUCAAGUCACCUACUAGAGUACAAGUUUGACUCUGCUUUGCUCACAUUAAGUCUUUGCUCACAGUUUAUGUGCUAAAAGACACAAUCCCAUGCAUGCCCUGCUGAUCAAGUGACAAAUAAAGACCCCAAAGACAUCACUCAGCAUCACUCUGACAUUAGCAUGUCCUGCUCCAUAGUGUUACCUUGCUCCCAGAAAGUCCAAUUUUUUUGACCUUGUGGAAAUUUCUGACCUCUGAGCCCAAUGUGAUGAAGUGUGACGUCCCCCUCCCUCUGUAGUUCCAAACACACCAUAUUUUCUCGUCCAUAGACGUGUAUGAGGUUUUUGUAAUACUCCAAGAGAAAUGAACUAACUCUUUUAUCAGUCUUUUCCUGUAUGUACGGAGGGGCACUGUGGUUUUGUGGGGUUUUUAACAUUCACAUUCAUUGUUUUAACAAUGUUCCAUUUUAUAUGAACCAGUAUUGUUUUUUUGUUUUAUUUUUUUUUUAGUUCUGACAUUGUAACAACCCCUUCAGGUGCUACAGAAUGACCAGUUACUGCUUUGUCACGUAGGAUCUAGACAUCUCUUCAUGGUUAUCAAUAGACUCAAUACCAGAUGUGCAAAAUGAAGCUUAUUUUAACAGACAGUUUAAUAGUAGAACACUCCCCUACCAGACAAUAGAGCAUGUAACUUGAUUUUAUCAGUUUUGUUCAACUGUAACAAUACAUUAAACGUGUUGUAGAAAAAAUGUGGAAUCGAUUAAAAAAAAACUGAAUUCCACAGUUAAUUUAUUCUUUUUUCUAUUAAAAAAUUUGUAUAGUAACUUUACAUUUUUCAAAACUGUGUUGUUGGAAACUGAUGAUGAAUUUUCCAGAGACGCUGUGGUGGUUCUUGAGAUUAAGAAAAAUAAAUUAUUGAUGAAUGUUCUCAAGAU